CUUAAGACGUGCUUCGCGGACGCGCGUUCGCGGUUCCCCGGAAUCCUUGGGACAAGCCCAAUAGGCGAUUGUUUUCCACUAGAAGAAGUUUCCGAGCGAGAAGAAUCCAACGCUUUUUUGGCGGCAAUCGAAUCUAAACAAAAAAAAACUUCAGCAACGUGAACGGACUACACCCAGAGGACUGUGCACAGGAAAACGAACAUUUUGCAAGACUUUUGAGACAGAACACGGUUACGGCAGCAGCACACGUUGAGUGAAGUUUGAGAGACGUUAGUAAGCUUGGUGAAACUUGUCUUUGUGAGAAAAUUGCAACGUGAAACGGCCAGAAGAUACUUUUUUCCCCUUAAAACCUUUUUUAAAAGUUCACAAAGAAGCUUACGACGUAUGAGGCAACAAUUUGGCCACCGGGCUGAGAAAAACAGCUAGAGAAAAAUGCCAGCAAGUGACAACUCGUAACAGACUGACGGGCAGCGAAGGCGAACAACAAAAGAAGAAAAUCAACAAGUGUUACAAUUAUUGAGCAAUUUGAGCGAUUAUCUUGUGGGCACGUCAGCCGGCACAAGCAGCAACACAUCGUGUAGGAUCUAUUUCUGGAGUGAGGGGGCGCAAUCAAUUUGGAGAGACACCGGGCAGCAGCGGCACGCGAACCUUCUGAAGACAUGGACGACCAAAAAGGGCUACAGUUGUGGAUUAUCUUUCGAAUCUGGCUUGCCACAAGAUCACACUAGUGACGGUAUGCUGUUUUGAGGGUAAAGUGCGACCAUCUGCGCGGGACGUUGGCAAGCUGACGUAAAGCGGACCUCGAACGAAGUGCAUGCCUGGAGUCGAAGUGAGCAAAACUGCCCAAACUUCGAGCCUGCAACGCUCCCUUCUUGCUGAAGUGGCUAGGUGAAUUAUGUUCCGUCGCGGACAACAGCACCAACAGCAGCAGCAGCGGCAUCGAGCAAAAGUUAUUAGCAAAAAUUGGCGCAAAUAUCCAAAUUCCUGAAAACAGCAGUGUGUUGUUUGAAGAAACGCCCUUAUAAACUCAGUGGAAUAGCUUUCAUUAAGCUUGUUUUAGGAUUAUAUUAAGGUUACCCAGUCUUCAGCAAACAUCAACAUCAUGGUGUUCAACGUAUUGAUAGCUUCAUCUGUGAUCAAAACCGCCACAGUGGUCGGUUCUAGUCUGUGGCUCAUACCGUUCUUACUGGGAGCGAUUUCGUACUACCGUUACGAUCGAGUCGAUCCGGAAUCCCGGGUUAUCGAUCAGCAAAAUUUGCACCCGGAGUAUGACUUUAUAGUGGUAGGUGGUGGUUCGGCUGGUGCCGUUGUCGCCAACAGACUGACCGAGAUAAGCCGGUGGAAGGUUCUGCUUCUCGAAGCUGGACCAGAUGAAAACGAGAUUUCAGACGUACCGUCACUAUCCGCAUAUCUACAGCUCAGCAAACUGGACUGGGCGUACAAAACGGAGCCCACUAGCAAGGCAUGUCUAGGUAUGGUCAACAACCGGUGCAAUUGGCCGAGAGGAAAGGUUCUCGGUGGCUCCAGUGUACUUAAUUAUAUGAUUUAUGUAAGAGGAAACAAAAAUGAUUUCGACCACUGGGAAUCGCUGGGAAAUCCCGGCUGGGGCUACAACGAUGUAUUGCAAUAUUUUAUUAAAUCUGAGGACAACAGAAAUCCAUAUCUUGCCAAGAAUCCCUACCACGGUUCGGGAGGAUUACUAACAGUUCAGGAAGCGCCCUGGCACACUCCACUAGUGGCUGCUUUCGUUGAAGCCGGCACGGAGAUCGGGUACGAAAACAGAGAUAUCAACGGAGCUCACCAGACCGGAUUCAUGAUUGCUCAGGGAACAAUUCGACGCGGUAGUCGAUGUAGUACUGCGAAAGCAUUCCUCAGACCAAUUCGGUUGAGAAAGAACUUUCACGUGGCCAUGAAUGCGCACGUAACCAAGUUACUGAUUGACCCCGGUACGAAGAAAGCGGUGGGUGUUGAAUUUUUCCGACAGGGCAAGAGACAUUUUGUUAAGGCGAAACGUGAAAUCAUCAUGGCCGCUGGAUCUAUCAACACACCACAGAUAAUGAUGCUGUCAGGAAUCGGUCCAAAGGAUCAUCUCGAUGAAAUGGGCAUUAAAACGAUCGUCGACCUCCCAGUCGGUAAAAACAUGCAGGAUCAUGUGGGCAUGGGUGGUUUGACGUUCCUGGUUGACAAACCCGUAGCGAUUCUACAGAAUCGUCUCGAAGCUGCUUCCGUCACGAUGAACUACGUUAUCAACGAAAGAGGACCAAUGACAGUGUUGGGAGGACUGGAAGGAAUUGCUUUCGUGAAUACUCCGUUUGCAAAUAUUUCUCGAGACUGGCCAGACAUCCAGUUCCACAUGGCACCAGCUUCGCUAAACUCGGAUGGAGGAGCCCGGGUGAAGAAAAUUCUCGGUCUCAAGGAAGACAUUUACAAGGAAGUAUUCCAGCCGAUAGAAAAUACGUACAGCUGGACCAUAAUGCCCUUGCUCUUGCGACCACGGUCCCGGGGAUGGGUUCGCCUUAAGUCCAAAAAUCCCUUCCACUAUCCAAUCAUGAAUCCCAACUACUUCGAAGAUCCCUUCGAUGCAGCAACCCUCGUCGAAGGAGCCAAGAUUGCUCUGCGAGUAGCGGACGCUAAAGUCUUCAAGCAAUUCGGCAGUCGACUUCACAGAAAGCCACUUCCCAAUUGUAAGCACCAUAAGUUCCUCAGUGAUGCCUACCUAGACUGCCAGGUCCGAACCAUCUCGAUGACCAUCUACCACCCAGUGGGAACCACCAAAAUGGGCCCAGAAUGGGACCCGGAAGCUGUCGUCGAUCCCAGACUGCGCGUUUACGGUGUCUCCGGUCUGCGCGUGAUAGACGCCGGUGUCAUGCCCACCAUCGUCAGUGGAAACACCAACGCGGCCGUCAUCAUGAUCGGCGAAAAGGGCGCCAACAUGAUCAAAGAAGACUGGCUUGGUCAAAGCUGAUCCACAGAUGAAUGACUGCUGUACAGAGUUCGAUUGCGUUAAAUCAGUCGAUUUAGAUCCAAAACCUAAAUUAGUUAAAUAAUACUGCGUGCCAUUCUGCGAGACCUAUAGAUUUUUUAUUGUUACAGUGUGAAUUCUUAUCCCGUCGUUUGCGAAUAAUUGAGAUUGUCAGUGCUAAGGUUCAACACCCCCAAAACUAGCUGUAAGAGUUGUUACCCUUUUUGUAGAAACAAGAUCACGUAGAAUAAACCAAAACAAGGGUAAACGAAUAAAGUAAUUAACCGUG